AUGCCACUAUCCCAAACCGCCGAUUCCCGAAACAAAGCCCAACCCGCAAUGAGCACCAACCUCGAAUUUAGCACCAUCCUUCCCCUGUCGCCAACCAUUCCAUUCGCAGACUACGAUUUCUGCGACUACACUAGAAUUUUUUGCCAACACUUAUCCACUAUGCCACCGGCUCCGCCGCCAACUCGUGCUUCUUCUCCACCAGCCUCGCCAGCGCCAACGAGCCCGCUCCCACCUACCCCUGGACCAUCCAGCACAAACACUCCCACGGCACCUGGAUUGGUCGAUGCCCAGCUUUCAGGCCCACAAAAUCUGUCUUCUUCUACUUCCACCGCGGAAGACGAGGAACAAUGGUCCGUACUCGGUCUAGAAGACGUUCCGAUGGAGAAGUACAACCUCAUUUCCUACAACAACAUCGACGAUUCUUCUGCCCUGGCCGAGAGCUUUUCUGACCUCCUGGCAAUGCGCCCCAUUGCUAUGGUCAAAGGGGUUAACUCCCCAAUCACAGCGCUUGACUACGACCUCGACCUUAGCCUCUCUCUCGCCGCAGACAUGGAUGUGUACCUGCAAGAGCUGGUUGGCAGUCAUGUGGACUGCAGCUCUUCAGGGUGGCUGUAUCAUAGGUCCUGUGCAAUUUCAGACUCUCGAAAGGGGGAGUCAGAUGAGGACGAGUUAGCUGGGGUGCUUGGUCUGUACCAUGACAUCAAGUCAACACCCCAAUCUUCUCUUUACCCUGACGUCGAGACUACUUAG